AUGGCCAACCGCUCGCAAUCCAAAAACUUCUAUCCCGAGGCCGAUCCGGAUGAUGCUCCAGAGAUGAAAGAUCCCGUUCAGGCCGGUUCCUCUGACCUCGAUGAAAGAAUGACCCGAGAUUAUAAGGAGGCCAUUGAUAAAACCAACAUCAUCAACGAAGAACGUCUUCGCCGCGUGGUACCCCAGUCCUCCACAGCCUACCGCCAACCGUCCGAAGAAGAAAUUGAUAUUUCUUGGCGGCCUGAUCCAUCGGGACAUCCGCGGAGGACUUUCUAG